UUGGAGUUUGAAUUUCUUUCUGCAGCAACCCAAUCGUAGGUAGGAAACAGAGAAGCAACAUCGUAAUGGAUUUCAGGCUCAUGGGUUUCGACAAUCCUCUAUUCUCAACGCUGCAGCACAUCUUGGACGGCUCCAACGAGGCUGAGAAGUCCUUCAACGCUCCCAUUAGAACUUACGUUCGAGACGCCAAGGCAAUGGCUUCCACCCCUGCAGACGUCAAGGAAUACCCCAACUCAUACGUCUUCAUCAUCGACAUGCCAGGGCUCAAGUCCGGUGACAUCAAGGUUCAGGUGGAAGAAGACAAUGUGCUUCUCAUCAGCGGAGAACCAAAGCGAGAGGAAGAAAAAGAUGGGGCAAAGUACUUGAGGAUGGAGCGCAGGGUGGGUAAAUUCAUGAGGAAGUUUGUGCUCCCUGAGAAUGCCAAUACAGAAGCCAUCUCUGCCGUCUGCCAGGACGGUGUUCUCACCGUCACCGUCCAGAAGCUGCCUCCGCCGGAACCCAAGAAACCCAAGACCAUAGAGGUCAAGAUCGCUUGAAGAUUUCAUUUACUGGGAUUCUAUGUUAGUCUACCUCGUCUUCCCACAGGAUAAGAGA